AAGUCAUUCUCGCGAAUUAGAAGGGCAAAGUCGUCCUAUGGGGUUCCCUAACACUCCCGUAAUUCCGACGCUAGCUUAGAAGCGAAACUCAAAUCGAAGACCAGACCAGACCAGACCAGAUACUCCUACCCUAGAGCCUCAUCGAUCACAAGCGACGAUCCACCAGAGCCCGUACCAUCUAGGGUUCCGCCGCCAUGCCGAAGAACAAGGGGAAGGGAGGGAAGAACCGGAAGCGAGGCAAGAACGAGGCCGACGACGAGAAGCGCGAGCUCGUCUUCAAGGAGGAUGGCCAGGAGUACGCGCAGGUGCUCCGCAUGCUCGGCAACGGCCGCUGCGAGGCCAUGUGCAUCGAUGGCACCAAGCGCCUCUGCCACAUCCGCGGCAAGAUGCACAAGAAGGUCUGGAUUGCCGCUGGCGACAUCAUCCUUGUCGGCCUCAGGGACUACCAGGACGACAAGGCCGAUGUCAUCCUCAAGUACAUGCCUGACGAGGCCAGGCUCUUGAAGGCUUACGGUGAGCUUCCUGAGAACACGAGGCUCAACGAGGGCAUCGCCGGUGGCCUUGACGAGGAGGACGACGGUGCCGGUGAUGAUUAUAUUGAGUUCGAGGAUGAGGAUAUAGACAAGAUCUAGGGUUUCUGGAAGGUCGUUCUCUCUCUCUCUCUCUCCCUCCCCCCCUCGACGUUGUGUUUUAAUAUUAUAUAUAUAUAUAUAUGUCGGUGAUGAUAUAGGGAUCUUUAUAUAUUUAACUUUUCCUUUUCGAUAUUUAGGGGGAGACGGGGGGAUUUAUGUUUAAGUUUGUACUCCUUGAUGAAUUUGAAGGAAUAAUAUUGCGAUAUCUAUCAACUAUUCGCUGUUGUCAA